UUCCUCGAAUCGAGAGCGAAAAUUCAAACCGAUCUUAAACCGAAUGUAGCCUUUAAUUCUUCACGUAUUUCUGAGACUCAACCGGUCGCAAAAAAAGGGAAGAAAUAGAGAAAAAGGCAAGCCUAAACUUGAGCAAGUUGAACAUGCUAUGCGAAACUACCUUCGCCUGGAUGAAAUUCGUUUUGCUUUUGAAGCUAGUAUUGGCAUUAUCUCUGAGCACAGAAGCGGAAAAUUACAAGCAAACACUAACAAGCACAUGUGGAAAGGAGGAUAUCAAACUAUCCGAUGCAAAAGGAAACUUCACAAACCCCGGAGGAUAUGAAGGGUAUCCGAACGACACAAAAUGCAUUUGGAUCAUAGAACCAGGUUAUAUCUCGACAAUUACAGUCACAUUCCAUGACUUUGACUUGGAGUUUAGUAAGACAUGUAAACCCUAUGAUUCCGUCAGAGUAUUAGACAAAUGCAAUAAAUCAAAAACUUGGGAAAUGAUCGAAGAAGACGUAGAAGGAUACUGUGGAAACGGGACGUUUGGCAUCACAUCUCGAUGCGAAAGAAUGAAAAUAGAGUUCAAGUCUGAUGAUUCAGUAACAAGGAGGGGAUUCAACGCUACCUAUGUGGUUCAACGACAGCCUCAGGCACCGGAAAUAACAUCGUUCUGCAUUGAGGGAAAGAAAAACUGCUCAACAAAGAUGGAGGCUGAAGAGUUUAGUACCCUGUUAUUAACUUGUAAAGCUUCUGCAUCUCCUCAGCCAGUAUUCAAUUGGACGUACCUUGGUACAAACGAAUCGAAUCCCGAAGAAUUUCUAAAUAGAACCGAGAACCGCAUUAUAGAUUUUCGUAACGGAACUCUUAAGAUCAAAGAUUUGAAUAGAGGUGACACUGGCUUCUAUGAAUGCCACGCCGAUAACAAUGUCGGUCAACCUGACAGUGCAGUAAUGUAUCUUCGCGUAAAAGAGAAAUGCAAAUGCCCCAAGCGUAUCAUCGCUAAUUGGUACGACAUCCCACCCUACAUACAAGACAAUGGACCUGGUCGAGAACCUUCCGGACUAUUUCCGCUGCUUCUUAAAGAAAUUGUACCGCUUUGCUGUGGGAACUGUUCCGAGGGUGAUGGACCAUCGGAGAUCAUUUACCACGAAAAACGUCAACCAAACCUCGUGCGAAUAAAAUCACUCGAUAACCUUGACAAGGAAGACACAAUAACGUUUCCUAUCAGCGGGAAGAAGGAUGAAAGAAAUUAUCAGAAUGAUUUUAGGUUCAUGCCAUUGAUUAGUUCACCUGGAGUGGCUUUCAUUGUUGUUGAUGAACCGCCUGGUUCUUCUGCUAACGCCGUAUUCAACUCUGUACUGUCUGGGUGGCCUGUGCUCCUUCUCACUAUGUUAAUGGCCUUACUGUCUGGCAUAAUCAUGUGGGGACUGGACACAUGGUAUAAUCCCGAUGAAUUUCCGAGGUCAUUUAUCAAAGGAAGUGGAGAAGGCUUUUGGUGGGCUUUUGUGACCAUGACAACCGUAGGUUAUGGUGAUCGAUCCCCUCGGGGUUUUGUGGCUCGCAUCUUCGCAAUAAUCUGGGUUUUAGUUGGCCUCGUUAUCACGUCCAUUUUCACUGGUGUUGUGACUACCUCUCUGACAGCCAUCACACUGAGUACUGACGUCAAACUCUAUGGAACUAAGAUCGCAGCAGUGGUAAAUUCAACCGAGUACCGGCUUGGACUGAACAAAAAUGCUAAAAUGCAAAGUUUCGAUACCUUGCAGUCAAUUGUGGAACCUCUGAAGAAUCGAAAGGAUGACUUAAAGGGCGUGUUAGUUGAUACGUACGUCGCUGGAGAAAUGAAGGAAUUUUCCAGUGAAGAGCUCCGGGUGAAUAAGAUUAUUGACCACAACUCAUACUAUGGUGUGGUAUUUGGAGAGGGACUGCUAUCUGCAAAGAAUUUCCAAGUCUGCAUCGAGGAUUAUUUUCUUUCCAGACAAGCUGAUAUCUUUAAGAUAGUGAAGGACAAUACGAACCCUAUGAAGGAACCAAAAGAAAGCGCGGCAGUGGAGCGCUCGUCUGGUUUGUUUGAUGCCGAGUCUCCCCUAUUUCGAAACGCCAUCUACUCGUGCAUUGGUUUGCUGCUGUUUUUCACGUCUUGUGGCAUUAUUUGGGAUUACGGUUACAUGAGACAUUGGAAGAAAAAGGCUGAGAUGGAUGAACUUGAGCUUCUUGGAGGACCUGGGUACGAAAUGGCCAAGAGGAACCUAGACAUGAUGGAUUCACUGAUGCAGGAAGUUCAAGAAUUUUAUGACAACUGGACGAAGAGACUAGACGAAAUCACAGAGAAACACGACGAGGAGCAGAGGUUACAGAGUAAACUGAAGAAAUGAAAAUAAAUUGCACUUCUUGUAGAGGAACGAUGUAAUUUCGAGAAGUUGAUAAAAUCUUUAGCACAAAUGGUUAGUAAGUGAAGUCAUAGUAAGAGAAUACAUGUAGCAUACCAUUAACUAGUCCUAGUAUGUCAUUUCAUCGAUGGAUAUCGCAUGUGGCACAGUAUGUGAGUGUGUUUAGUCUAACCUGCCUUCAAUGACUGCCUUCACGUCUCUACAACGAAAAUUUAAUUCUGCACCAUUGUUGUUCUUGAAAGACGUGAUAGUUGUAAACCUGUUUCAUUAAGCGUGAAAGCUUGCUAGUGAGCUGGGACGAGUCCCACUUAGGCGCCCUAAGGGAGGUUGCAAUUAAAGAGAGGUGGCUUUAGGUAAAUGUAGAUUUAAGUGAAUUUUGAAGUGUGCAAGAUCCAUCGAGAGCAAUUGCAAAGAAAAACUCUUUGAUUGGUUUGUAGCAUCCACCUAAAUUGGUAACUGGUCAUUGACUGCUCAAUGAGAGAGUGAUCCAAAGUAACCGCGAUCGUUUGGUUGAUAAAUGAUCGGUUUCCGCUCGGUGGGUAAUCAUUGACUGUUCGGAGAUCUUUCAUUGACCAUGGCAAGCCAAAGUACUUGUCGAGAACCCUUUAACACCCUCCCCCCCCUCUUCCAUCCCCCUUCCAUUGGAACAACGUUUGCUUGGAUAACUUUUGAUAUGGUCUCACUAGGAGAUUUUUUGUAAGGCAUAAAUCCACUUGCACGUAGUAAUGAUGUACACAGUAACUUUUAUUGAAACAAUUUAAAUGAAACAGGAGGAUUAACCACAUGCUAUCGCGUAUAAAUUCAGUUGUGAUGUGAUUUCCGCUACGAUUCAACAUAAAGCGGUAUUUCUCUUUCCAAUAUUCAUCACUGACAGACUGUAUAUUGCCCCUGUGCUGAAUGUUCAGACAUUCUGGACAAGCUUACCUGAUGUUAAGUUGUUGAUGUUAACAAGAAAAUCUGAACCGAUAAGUAAGGCAAGACUUCUUAUCUUGUCCGAACGAAACCCAAGCCUUUGACUUUAUAUGUAAGUACUGAGCCUAUUAAAAUUAAAGUUGGAGUGUAACAAAACAAA